GUUAGAGUUGGCCAAAACAGCAAAUACUUCAAUUCUUCAUCUCAUUACUAGAGUGGGAUGAUAUCCAACAAAAUAGGAAGGUCUUGAAUCAUCUGAUCCCAGCAAAGAGCUAGGCUGCAAGAAGAUCAAGCACUCACUUCAUCACAACUCCAGCAUCAAUUCACAGCUUUCGACUACGUCCUCUGAAGUCAGAAGCAGUUUCAUCAUGGCAGAGAGCAAAGUGAAGGAGCACUGCUUGAUCGAAAUCAGAGAAGGGGAAGAGAGUGUCACAGCAGGAAGCAAUGUGAAAAACCAAACUUUGAGUGGUGAUCAAAAUAAGGAGAAUGUAAACAUAGCAUCAUCCAUUAGAAAAAAGCUUCUUAGCAAAGCACCAUCACCCUCUAGUACUUGCAUAUACAGAGUCCCAGAUGUACUGAAGAAACUUCACGAAAAGGAUUUUGUUCCUUGUUUAGUUUCAAUUGGACCAUUUCACCAUGGCACAAAGAAGCUGCAAGCCAUGGAACAAUUUAAGCUCUGGUAUUUGCACCAGCUCCUUGAUCGAAAACCAAAUCCUGAGACCAACUUGGAGCACAUUGUUGAAAAGAUCAGAAGCCUGGAAGACUAUUCUCGUGAAUGCUAUAACGAAAAACUUGAUGAUCUGAGCAGUGAAGCAUUUGUAGAAAUGAUGGUGGUUGAUGGUUGCUUUAUUCUUGAGUACUACCGCAAAAAAAUAGGAGAAGUGCCCACAGACCCGGACGAUCCACUGUUCAAUAUCACUUUAGCAAUGUCACCAACACUUACAAGUGACUUGGUUAUGCUAGAAAACCAGCUGCCUUGGAGAGUUCUUGACUGUUUAUUCCAACUCACAAAACAAGUACCUAAUGGAACGUGCAAGUCCUUAUCUGAGCUUACUCGCAGUUGUCUCCCGAUUAGGGGGCCUGUGUCUGAUGAUCAUCUAGAGCAGACAACGGAAAGCAGACAUUUACUUGACAAUGUCAGGAUUCUGUCUGCUGAACUAGACAAGAAAGAGGAGAUUAUGCCAUUUUGGGACUCUAUGCCAUCUGCAACCAAACUUCAGCAAAUUGGGGUCAUGUUUCAACCCAACAGAAAUAAUAUCAACAUAAACAUAACGUUCGUCGAUGGAGUCUUGGAGAUUGCACCAAUAACUAUCCAGGGUGAUAAUCCUGUCUUUAGAAACCUCAUUGCCUUGGAACAGUGUGAAUCAGGGCCACAUAAGUAUCAAAUUAGCACUUAUGCCAGGGCAUUAUGUGACCUUAUUAAAUCUAGCAAAGAUGUGGAGUUUCUCAAGCAGAACCAGAUUAUUCACACCAGUUUGAACAAGGAAGACAUAGCCGGUUUCUUCGACGACAUUUGCAAUGGUUUUGAAACCUCCUCCUGCUGUAAGUCUUUUUGGCAAGUUUCCUCAUCAGUGAGACAGUAUUAUAAACAACACUGGCUACAAAGGUUGAUAGUAUACAUCAAGCAUAACUAUUUGUACAAUCCAUCAUCAAUAUGGUCAGUUUCUAAUGCAGUUGUCCUUAUUAUAAUUCUUACGGUCUUGCAAACCAUAUAUUCUAUUCUCUCUUACUACAAGUCUUAGCCUUCCGGUGAGCAUUUCUGGUUUUCUCAGUCUUUCAAGGUUCCGAAACUUGUUGUUAUGUGUGUUCUGUGUAAUUGAUUACUAUAAACUUCACAAUUCAUGCUGUAAUAUCAUUUUUUGUUUUGUUUUUUGAAAUGAGGCUGUAAUUGUGUGCAUGGCCUGAGUUUCGAGUGAUUGUAAUUUCAUCUGUUGUUGGGACAUUCACCCCACAACAUCAUCUAUUACUGGAGUACAGUAUUUCACUAUUUCUUGUAAUUGUUUGCCCCACUUCUACUUAAUUGGAUACAAUGUCAGCAAG